AUCAGCAAACAUCAUAGCUUUUGUUGUUUAAGCCCCUCAAAAGACAGAAAGAAGACUGAGAUGGAUCCGCAUCGGGUGAAGUGGAAAUUAUUUGCUGCCAGUGUGCUGCUGCUCACAUUGUACCACAGCACCACUGCUGCUGUCAGCAUGAAGGAACACCUGGCUGAUUGUCUGGAGGACAAAGACUACGAUGAACUGCUGCAGACUGUGAAGAACGGCCUCCCGCACAUAAAUACAUCUCAUCAUGUUGUUAUUGUCGGAGCUGGCGUGGCUGGACUUACCACUGCCAAGCUACUGCAAGACGCAGGACACAAGGUAACCAUAUUGGAGUCGAGUGGCCGUGUUGGAGGACGGGUGGAGACCUAUAGGAAUGAAGAAGAGGGCUGGUAUGCUGAACUGGGAGCCAUGAGGAUCCCGAGUACUCACAACAUCGUCCGUUGGUUCGCUGAUGAACUAGGAGUCAAGCUGAAUCCAUUUUCCAUGAGUGACGACAACACAUUUUACCUGAUCCGUGGGUUGCGGAAAAGGACGUACGCUGUCAAAGCAAAUCCUGACAUCCUAAAGUAUAAACUGCCAAAAAGCGAGAGGGGGAAGUCAGCCAACCAACUGUUACAGCAAGCUCUGCAGAAGGUGAAAGAUGAAGUGAAGGCCCAUGGCUGCAGAGCUGCACUGAAGAAGUACGACCAUUAUUCUGUGAAGGAGUAUCUGAAAGAAGAAGGCAAACUGAGUCCAGAAGCAGUGAUGAUGAUCGGAGACUUACUCAAUGAACAGAGCCUCAUGCACCUGGCGUUGACUGAGAUGAUCUAUAUCCAGAGUGACGUCAGCGACAGCACCUUGUACGAUGAAGUGACUGGCGGUUCAGAUCUCCUAACCAAAGCUUUUCUUACUGUCCUUGAUGUCCCCAUCCACCUCAACUCUAAAGUCAAACGUAUCAGCCAAUCAGAUAAAGGUGUGAUUGUAUCGUAUCAGACAGGCCAGCAGUCCUCUUUGAUAGACCUUUCCGCUGACAUCGUCCUGGUAACAACCACAGCCAAAGCAGCCCUCUUCAUUGACUUUGAUCCACCUCUCUCAAUCAGAAAGAUGGAGGCACUGAGGGCAGUCCACUAUGAAAGCUCUACUAAAAUCAUUCUCACCUUCAGCGAGAAGUUCUGGGAGAAAGAUGGCAUCAGAGGAGGAAAGAGCAUCACCGACGGGCCCUCUCGUUUCAUCUACUACCCCAGCCACAGUUUCCCAACCAAUAAGACCAUUGGUGUCCUCCUGGCCUCCUACACCUGGUGUGACGAUUCCCUCCUCUUCUUAGGUGCAAGUGAUGAAGACCUGAAAGAGCUGGCUCUGAGAGAUUUGGCGAAGAUCCACGGUGAGAGGGUCAAGUCUCUCUGCACAGGGGUGGUGGUGAAAAGGUGGAGCGCGGAUCCUCACAGCUUGGGUGCCUUUGCUCUCUUCACACCCUACCAACAUUUAGAGUACUCUAAAGAGCUCUUCAGAAGUGAAGGCAGGGUGCACUUUGCUGGUGAACACACAGCCUUUCCUCACGCUUGGAUCGAGACAUCUAUGAAAUCUGCGAUCAGGGCUGCUACCAACAUUAACAAAGUGUCAGCUAGAACGCAACACCACGACGAGCUCUAGGGUCUACUUUCAAGGUCAAUCGGAUCUUAAAACGAGCACUUUUGCUUGGUUACCUUAGGAGUGAGUCUCAUUUAUUUGCCCUCCCACCAUGCAGCUCUAAUCGGCAUCAGACUGGUGGAUUUUUGGCAGUGAAAGAUGCUUGAUGUUGCUAAAAGUAUAAUCAGAUUUCAUUCACUUACACAGUGUUUUGAGCAAUUAAUGUCUAUGAUAACAAUCAAACUAAUGUUUUUUCAAUCUUAAUCCAUCCAUUCAUUUAUCCAUCCAUCCUUCCAUCCAUCCAUUGCAAGCAUAGCCAAUAACUGUUUUUGUCUAAAUGCAGUAAGGGCAAAAGUUGUUUUCUUGUUUUGGUUUAACCGAUUUUAUUCACAUGCAAAUUGUCCUGAAGACGGUAUUAUUUUCUGACACUGAUUUUUUGUUUUGCAAGAAAAGAAGAUGACUUGGAUCGUGUGUUAAAAUUGUGUUUAUUUAUAUUAUAGCCCUUUAUCUCAGCUUGCGCUAUUUUUUCUUUUGUCUUUGAUUCAUAUUUUGCUUUUACCUCUGUUUUUGUUUUGUUUAGUUAUUUAAUUAACAGUGUUGCAGGUGCCUGAGGCCUAAGAUUUUCAUUGCCAAUGACUACUUCUGUUAUUGUUGGGCACAUGAUCAAUAAAGAAAAUCAAACCAUGAGUUUAUGUUAAAUUAAUGUCAUAAUGUAAGAAAUAAGACAGAGGUGGAGUUAAAGAAUGUCUGUAGAAUAGAAUAUAACUGAUAUGUCUUCUUGGUAAUAGUGUAGAAAACUAGGCAGGUUAUCUUUAAAUGUCCCCUUUUUAUAUUUAUUUUUGAUAUAUUUGUGGCUCACUGCUGAAAACAAAUAAAAAACAUUAUAG